AUGGAACAGUUGUACGAGGAGGCGUGCAAAAAUGGCGACAUCCGAGGUGCACUUGCAGAGAGUUUCCGUUUCCAGAAAGCUUUCGGAAGGUCAAGCCCAGACAAGCUUCUCACCCUUGACUCGACGUUCAGGAUUGCGUCUUGCUCCAAAUUGAUUACCUCGAUCGCUGUGAUGCAAUGUGUGGAGCAGGGUUUGGUUAAAUUGGAUGAGGACGUGAGCCCGAUCCUUCACGAGCUGAAGGGUAUUCAGAUCUUGGAAGGGUUUAAUUCAGUCAGUGGUGAUCCGGUCUUGCGGCGUUCCGACGCCAACAUUACGCUUCGCUCUGGCUUGGGCUAUGACCUUUUCGUGCCUUUGUUGCAGCAGUGGCGUGCAUAUCACCACGAGAACGUUGGUAUUCCAGCCUCGGACUUCACUAGGGCAUAUUUCCUGCCGCUUCUUUUCGAGCCUGGCCAGGGCUGGGAGUACGGCCCGGGUAUUGAAUGGGCAGGGAUUCUAAUCGAACGACUAACGGGGACAAACCUUCAACAGUAUAUACAGGAAAAUAUUGGUGAACCCCUUGGCCUUAGAAACAUGACAUUCCAUCUCGAAGAACGUCCUGAUAUCCGACAGAAUCUGUGCCACACGAGCUAUCGGCAUGCUGGUGGCGAACUUGAUUGGACAACUGAGGAGAUCUUGCCUGAUCCCAUCAAAGAAUCUUUGGGCGGUGUUGGGAUCUAUUCCACGGCCCUUGACUAUUUUGCGGUCUUGGAAGCUGUGUUGGUAGGCGACGAGAGGUUGCUCUCCGGCCCUGCGACUAUUGACUUACUCAAGCCACAACUGAGUUCGAUGUCCAGACAGGCUUUGAACAAAAUCGUGCAGGAUCUAGACCGGGCCACGGGGUUUGGAAUUCCCCCAGGCAUCGAGGUGGAUCACUCUCUGGCCGGGAUCAUCAACGUCAACUCUCUGGACACUGGAAGGAGAGGAGGUAGCGUCAGCUGGGGAGGUUAUCCGAAUCUCAAAUGGUGGGUGGAUAGAAAUGCAGGUCUUUGCGGACUAUACGCCAGUCAACUUCAUCCUCCCGGAGAUGCGAAGUCGGUUGAGCUAUACUUCCGAUUCCAGGCCGAGAUGUACAAGCGGUUGCACUCAACCCGGGGGGUGGAGAUGGGCCUGGGCGAGCAAUCAUACCAUUCUUGA